CUUUGCUUAUCUUUGCAUAUUCCAAACAGUGUUUGUCUUUGCUUAGUAUUUAUGGCCCCCAAUCGUAGGACGCUUAUCAGGCAAAUUGAUAAGGCUCCGUAUAAAAAUCAACAAUCGAUAGAACGUAGAUAGGACUGUUAGUACCUCAAGAAACCUGAAACCCAGCAGUUCAAGAAAAUGCCUCUCCAAAUCCGCCCACUCACUCCAGAGCUGCAAAAAGUGGCCAAAGAGCAGCUGAAGGAGGAUCCCCAGCGUCUGGAGGCCGAUCUGCUGGCUUUCAGGACCUGGAUUGAGCAGCAGCCCCAUCUGAAUCCCCGCAUGGAUGAUCAGUUCCUGGUGGCCUUCCUGCGCGGCUGCAAAUUCAGUUUGGAGCGGGCCAAGUCCAAGCUAGAUAAGUUCUACACGCUGAAGACCAAGUAUCCGGAAUACUUUAGGAUAACCAGUACUACAGAGAGCAACUUCCGGGAGAUUCUCCAAACGGGUGCUAUCACCUACCUGCCCACUCCUCUGAAUGAAAAUGGACCUCGAAUUGCCGUUUGGCGGAUGGGUUUGUGUCCAAUGGAUAAGUAUAACAUCAUGGAGUGCAUGAAAGUGGCCCAGGCCAUGCAGGAGAUUGCCAUUCUGGAGGAUGACUAUGCGAAUGUUAAUGGAGUCGUCUCUAUAAUGGAUCUAAAAGGAGCCACUGCGGCUCAUAUGUUCCAAAUGACUCCCUCGAUGGCCAAGAAAUUCACUGUGUUCUCCGAGGAGGCUAUUCCGCUGCGUCUAAAAGCCCAGCAUUUUAUAAACACCAUCACUGGAUUCGAACAGCUCUUCAACAUGUUCAAACCGAUGAUGUCCAAGAAGAUGCAGUCACGACUCUUUGUACAUGGCAACAAAAUGGAUUUGUUGACGGAGCAAAUUCCCCUGAAAUAUCUACCCGUGGAAUAUGGCGGGGAAAAUGGCACAGUGCCGGAAAUUGUGGCCGCUUGGGAGAAGAAGUUGGAUGAAUACACCGACUUUUUCAGGGACAAUGCCAACUAUGGAACCGAUGAGAGCCUGCGGCCAGGAAAACCCAUUGAUUUUGAGGGGCUUUUUGGAAUCGAAGGCUCCUUCAGGAAGCUCAAUGUAGAUUGA